AUGGCACUCGCAUCUCAGUGGCGUGAUAAACCACCAGCAGAGGAACAACGUCUGAUCUUUCACAUGGCACCACUAUCAGGGAAAAGCUGCUUUUCGAGAGCAGAUCCGAGAUGUGCGAACCGCGGUAGGACCGACACAGUCUCGCCCGCUUACUUCCCCCAGCAGAUCAAUCAACCGUACAACGUAUCUGAGAUCUCUAAAAGGACAACUUCAGAGUCACGCCGCCUACUACCAGCGCCCGCUCUUCUUCGCACCACGACCGCCUUCCUGGUGAUGGAUGAUAGCUGCAAAGCGGAGGUCCACAUCAUCAGAGAGACAAGCAUAGCCAGUGUCAACCGGAGAAGAGCCACAGCGGGGGAACCAGAGGCGGAGCCGGCCCCCGCGUGGCUGGCACCUGCGCGUGCGCGUGAGCGUGAGCGUGCUGGAGGAUCGGGAAGCUACUGUAGAGGCGAUAUCCCGAGUCGUAGAUUUGUUGGUAAAGUUCUCGAUUCCCACCCGACCCUCGGAAAUCCGAUGGUUCAAAUGUUGGACUCCCUCCCUCUCUCUCUCUCUUUAACUCUCUCUUUGACUUCGCAAGAUACACUUACUGUACGGACUGGCGGCGACUUGGCCAGCAGGCAUUCACAUCGUUGCGCCAUCUCAGCAGCGCUUCUUUCGCUACGUUCGAGCUCAAUCGGUGUGGGGUACAGAUGCCUGAUGCGAUAA